AUCGUCGUCAUCGUCAUCAUCGUCAGUCUUGGCAUCCUGUUCGUCACGAUCAAAGUCUUCCGGUUGCAUGACUCCAAGCCCCACCUUGUGGUGCGUGGCAAGUCCGAGCUUGUUGCCCCAUGUGUGCGGGGCGCCGCCAAUGUGUCUGACGAUGUCCUUGCGAGGGGCCUGCGCGAGCGAUGGGAUGUCUCUUUCGAACGACCCUUCGUCCGCAUACACCGCUGUCCCUUCGUCGUACUGACCUGCAUCUUGAUCGUCAUACUGAGGACCGAACUGCUCGUCGUACUGGGUCAUAUCUUGCAUGUCUUGUUCGUCAUACUGAGGACCGAACUGGUCGUCGUACUGAGAUUCAUCUAGCUCGUUAUACUGAGGAGCAUACAGAGCCGCGUCUUGCUCGUUUUGUUCGUCAUACUGAGGUGCGUAUCCCUGCUCGUCGUACUGAGGUGCGUACUGCUCGUCGUACUGCUCGUCGUACUGUUCGUCGAAUUCAGGAACGUCUUGCUCGUCGUAGAUGUCUUGUUCGUCGGCCAGUCCGUUGCUGUAGUCAUUGUAGUACUUAAUUUCUCUUUCUGCAAACGGGUCGGCCAAGUCAUCGUUGGCAACGUACGCGAGCUCUUGGUCGGCGUACCCUCGGAAGGAUCGGAGGUCGCGACGACCUUCCGAGGUGCUGCUGGAAGCCAUAGCCAGCGCGGCAAAGACGAACGGAGCACACACACGCAUCAGUCGACAGCAACUCCAAGAAUGACCUCGCUCAUGACUUGCAUGCUUAUCGAUCGUCGGUCGGUUGUUAAUUGUAC